AUGGUAACCUUGGGUUGGGGUACUUCCCUAGUGGCCAUCCUGGCUGUGUCUGGUCCACACCUGGGAGUCAGGCGGCUCAGAUUCUGUCCUGGGGCCACAGAGGCUUCUGGGAAUGGAAAGGAGCCCUUCCCAGCCCUGACAUCCCCUGUUCCAAGUUCCCUUCUAUCUCUGACAUCCCCUGUUCUAAAGCCCUUCCCAGCCCUGACAUUCCCUGUUCUAAGGUCCCUUCUAUCUCUGACAUUCCCUGUUCUAAAGCCUUUCCCAGCUCUGACAUUCCCUGUUCUAAGAUUUUUUUCUGAUUAUGACAUUCCCCGUUCUAAAGCCCUUCCCAGCUCUGACAUUCCCUGUUCUAAGAUUUUUUUUCUGACUCUGACAUUUCCCAUUCUAAAGCCCUUCCCAGCUCUGACAUCCCCUGUUCUAAGUUCCCUUCUAUCUCUGACAUCCCCUGUUGUAAGGUCCCUUCUGUCUCUGACAUCCCCUGUUCCAAGUUCCCUUCUAUCUUUGACAUCCCCUGUUCUAAGGUCCCUUCUGUCUCUGACAUCCCCUGUUCUAAGGUCCCUUCUAUCUCUGACAUUCCCUGUUCUAAGGUCCCUUCUGUCUCUGACAUCCCCUCUUCCAAGUUCCCUUCUAUCUCUGACAUUCCCUGUUCUAAGGUCCCUUCUGUCUCUGACAUCCCCUGUUCUAAGGUCCCUUCUAUCUCUGACAUCCCCUGUUCUAAGGUCCCUUCUGUCUCUGACAUCCCCUGUUCUAAGGUCCCUUCUGUCUCUGACAUCCCCUGUUCUAAAGUCCCUUCUAUCUCUGACAUCCCCUGUUCUAAGGUCCCUUCUAUCUCUGACAUCCCCUGUUCUAAGGUCCCUUCUAUCUCUGACAUCCCCUGUUCUAAGGUCCCUUCUGUCUCUGACAUCCCCUGUUCUAAGGUCCCUUCUGUCUCUGACAUCCCCUGUUCUAAAGUCCCUUCUGUCUCUGACAUCCCCUGUUCUAAGGUCCCUUCUGUCUCUGACAUCCCCUGUUCUAAGGUCCCUUCUGUCUCUGACAUCCCCUGUUCUAAGGUCCCUUCUGUCUCUGACAUAACCUGUUCUAAAGUCCCUUCUGUCUCUGACAUCCCCUGUUCUAAGGUCCCUUCUGUCUCUGACAUCCCCUGUUCUAAAGUCCCUUCUGUCUCUGACAUCCCCUGUUCUAAAGUCCCUUCUGUCUCUGACAUCCCCUGUUCUAAGGUCCCUUCUGUCUCUGACAUCCCCUGUUCUAAAGUCCCUUCUGUCUCUGACAUCCCCUGUUCUAAGGUCCCUUCUGUCUCUGACAUCCCCUGUUCUAAAGUCCCUUCUGUCUCUGACAUCCCCUGUUCUAAAGUCCCUUCUGUCUCUGACAUCCCCUGUUCUAAGGUCCCUUCUGUCUCUGACAUCCCCUGUUCUAAAGUCCCUUCUAUCUCUGACAUCCCCUCUUCCAAGUUCCCUUCUAUCUCUGACAUCCCCUGUUCUAAGGUCCUCCUAUCUCUGACAUUUUCUCUUCUAACGACUGAAACAAAGACCAGAGAAACCAGGGGAGCUUUUUCAUCCUUCUUUGAAUCUUCUCUCAUGCUCCGCCCGGAUCUGCCUUGCGCACUGUCUGAGCGCUAUCUAUAAUUUGUAUGACUUUUCAAUAUCCUCCUUGCAUUUG